AUGUCACCACUAGAGGAAACUAUCUUCCGGACAAAAGCAUGGCAACCCCUUCGUAGAACAAGAGAGGGCCUGGAUAAAGCUAUCAAAAAAAUUGAGGAGCUCAUGAAGCAGGAGCUCCCCGCUCUGGUUGAUGAACGAAGAUUCCGCCGAAGGGAGCCACCAGAGCGCGUUGAGAGGGAUGAAUUUGGUCGGCCAAAAUGGCCCGAAGAACGCAUUCCAAUCGACCUGGAACCCAUCCCUGGCUUUAAUUUGCGCGCGCAAGUUGUUGGCCAGGGAGGUCAAUACGUGAAGCACAUCCAGCAGAAAACUCACUGCCGUGUCCAGAUCAAGGGCCGCGGAUCGGGAUUCAAGGAACAUGGCACUAACCAAGAAAGUGAUGAACCAAUGUAUUUGCAUGUUGCCGGACCCGACCCUAAUGAAGUCCAAAAUGCCAAAGCCCUGUGUGAGGAUUUACUCAGCAAUGUCAAGGAACAGUAUGAGAAAUUCAAAGAAAAUCCACCACCACAACGAGGCUACCACGGUGGUGGAGGCUACGGUCAUCGCGAUCGCCAUCAAUAUGGUAUGGGCUACUCCUCUGGAGGCGGUCAUCAUGGCGGCGGAGGAUAUAACAAUCAUUCUUCUCCUCAAACACCAUCGGGGAUGACUCCGCAGUCUGGCCCUGGAGCAACGCCUGCUCCACCUGCAGGUGGCGCUCAGCCGGAUUAUAGUUCUCAGGAUGCCCAAUACUAUGGCGGUCAAGACCCCUAUGCUGCGUAUGGAGGAUAUCAAAAUUAUGUUGCUUAUUAUCAAUAUUACCAACAAGCUGCACAACAGCAGCAACAGCAACAACAACAGGCUGGAUCUACUGCGCCUCCACCACCUCCUGAGUCCGCCGCGCCCCCACCCCCUCCACCUCCGCCUUCAUCAGAAACACCCCCUCCUCCACCACCGCCUCCUUCUGGCGGGUAUAAUUCAGUCCCACCGCCACCAGGUCUCUAG